AUGGACAGGGAUAAUUUUUCUGGAUAUAUGAGUGCUGAGGUAUCCGAAAGCAGCAUAGAGUUUAAAAAUGGUUCUCUCCAUGUUUAUCCGGAGGAUUUAAGCAAAAUUCCUCCACCGCUUUUAGAAAAGUUUGGAGUCGAAACUUCUCCUUCACGAUAUAAAAAAGAUUUUCCUGGUGGUUCUCUUUCCGAUAAAGAAAAAAUAAACCAGUUGGAAAAAUUGUUGGAAAUUGCUAAAAAAAAUGAUAAUAAAGCGGAAAUAAACAAUUUAGAACAAGAAUUACAAGCUCUCAAAUCCCAAACAAAAGGAAAUUCCAGCAGUGAAAAAUUACCUAACUCAGAAUCAAAUAAGGGAAAUAAAAGGAAUGUUUUUCCAAGCAAUUUGAAGGAAGAAAUUACGGUGUUAAAAGGUAAGUUAAAAAUUUUGGUAAAUAAAUUGGUAGACCGCUAUGCUCCGCCUCAAAUCAAAAAUUCUCCGGAAAUUCGCCAGUUUAUUAAUUCCUCCAUGAACUUGAUAGAUACUAUUGCUGAUGAAAAAAUAGGCAAGGAAACUAUUAAUAUUUUAGCAAAAAUAUUUAAACAAGCCGCCCAAAAUGAGCAAGUAAUCGAAGGAAGUGGGUUAGCGGUACUCCAAAAAACCGGAACCGAAACUGAGGUAAAAAAUCUAAUUAACGAUUUUGCUCAACACCUUAAUAAGUUAACCGAAGCAGGAGGAAAAAACAACCUUUCUAAUGAAAGAGAAGCGAGCAUUAUUGAAAGGCUAACCCAAAACAAUUCUAACCCUCAGCCCAGUCAAGAUGACACAGCAGAUUUAUUAAAAAUGCUUGAAGAGGUGAUGCUUGAUACCCAAAUUAAACCUAAAUGUGCCAUUGAGUUGAAAAAUAAACCGAGUGAAAAGGCAAAAAAAAGGCAGGAAAUAUUUAGUUUAGUGGUGGUAAUUGGUAAUUUGCUAAGCAUGGUAUUCUUUACUACUUAUCUCCCCAAACAGUUAAGUGACAAGGCUCUGGCUCGUGAAGGCUUUGAUUUUGAGCAAACCAAAAAAUGGAUUAAUUUAGGAUUUAAUCCCAAUGAUUAUGAAUUAGUGUCUUUUGUUAAAAAUAAACUAGAUUAUAGUGCGGAAGAUAUACCGAUUGCUAACCAUAAUAUAAAAACAUUUAGAGAAAUUUAUCAAAAAAGUUUGGAACAAAAGCAACAAGAACAGUUCGAAGAUUUACAACUGCAAGAAGCAAUAAAUCAAUCUUUACUUAGUCCGAAUUUUCUGGUUCAGGAAACUAACGAAGCAAGGGAAUUACAAAAGGCUCUGGCACUUUCCCGAGAGGAAGAAAAUGAAAUCGACACGGGCUGGUUAACGGAUGAUAAUAUUGCCUACAUUUUGGAAAGGGAUGAAAUAAUUAAGUCGGCUAAAAAUAUUCAAGUGAAAACUGAUACUGCUAACCUUUAUUUACAAGUGGAAAAAGCCAAAAAAAAUGAGGCAAUUGAUAAUGAUAUUUCCGCCGCAACCGAAGAAAUAAAAGAAAUCAGUAAUUUUUUGAAGCAAGUUGGAAAAAAGUAUGGCAGCAACGGCAAUUCCAUCAUUAAUGAAAAUGCUUUAUCUGAAAUGGUAUUUAGAGAAAAUCCUCGCCAACCAAAUACAUGA